CGACCCAACCAACCAAUGGUAGACAAAUCCCAGCAGACAGAAGUGGCGGAGAAAAAGAAACAGCUGCCCAUACCACAGUCAUCUGGUUCCCAAGCUACCAUCAGUAUUGGUAAUAUUCCUGGAAGCAACAUAAACUAUGGGUCUCUUAGAAUAUCUUCUCAACUUCAAACUUGGAAGAAGAGAAGAAAGUAUAUACGGGAUAUGACUGAUAAAUCUCUGCAGACAGACACUACUGAAGAAGAGAAAAAAGAAGCAAUCAAGGCAGUUGAUGAAACAGUGAUGCCUGAAGAAAAGCCAGCUGCUGUUAGGGAGGGAGACCCUGAAUUUCCAGAGAGUGUUCAAGAAGUAGAAAUCUCACCAAGGAGACACUCAGUCCAACUAAAAAUACAUAGAUCUCAGCAGACCAGUUGUACUGGAGUCUGGACAAUGAUGAACAUUCCUCAGAAAGAAACAGUGGACAAGGAACAGCAGACAGACCUCAGUGAAUCAGAAAUAAUGUUUUUUGGCAAGCCAGGUAGUUCUUUUUCAAAGUCAAAGGAAGGUACACGGAAAUGUAAAUCCUCAGGGGACAUUUUUGUUAGUGAAAAUCCUGAAUUUCAAUCAAUAACAAGUAACAAUGAAGAAACUGGGCAGAGUAUUAGCAAAUUUUUAUUUAUUCAACAAUCCAAAAAUGGUAAUACAGCAUAUUUAGAAGAUGAGCAAGACAUUUCAGUUGCAGUGCAGCCUACCACUGCAGGAGAGAUCUCUGCUGAAGUACAACCUCCAGCCACUGAUGAGGCUCCAGCAGAAGAGGCCUCCGCUAAAGUAGAGCCUACCCCAGCUGAAGAGAUGUUUUCAGAAGAGCCUCCUGCUGAAGUUCAGCCUCCAUCUACUAAUGAGUCUUCUACACAAGAGGCCCAAGAGCUUCAACUUCCACCGGCUGAAGAGACCCCUGCAGAAGAAGCUUCAGCUGAAGUUCAGCAUUCAGCUGCUGAGGAAACCCCUACAGAGGGUGCUUCAGCUGAGGUUCUGCCUCUACCAGCUGAGGAGCCUCCUGCAGAAGAGACCUCAGAUGAGGUUCAGUCUCUGACAGCUGAGGAGACCCAUGCAGAAGAGGCCUCAGCUGAGGUUCUGCCUCCACCAGCUGAGGAGAGCCCUGUGGAAGAGGCCACAGCUGAAGUUCAGCCACCACUAGAUGAGGAGACCUCUUCAGAGGAGGCCUCAGCUGAAGAUGACAAGAUAAAGUAA